UCUUCUUGUACUCAUCGUAGAGAUCAGUGGAGAAAGAUGGGAGGAUACUUGACGAAGAGGAUGUUUCUUCUGCUUCUUACUCUGAUCAUGUUGCUUCCUCUCUUGAUCUCUUCUUCGUCUGGUGAACCAGUUAACUCCAACAGGAACGGAGUAUGUAUUUCUAAAGAAGGACCCUUUUCAACAUCCGCAUCAGAAGGCAAGCUUGCUGAUCCUGAGUUUGAGGAUCUGAACGUGUGUAAAGUGUUCCAUGAGAAGACUUGUUGCUCUGCUUCACGGAUGCUCUCGGCCUCAAAAGCUGUAGAAAGCCUGGCGACUUAUGGAGAAGCUGCCAAAGACUGCUUGUAUUUGUUUGAGCUUCUGGAAUGUUCAAUCUGCCAGCCAGGAACUCUUCCCAUUUGUGCCUCCUUCUGUGGCAGAGUCUUUCAAGCUUGCUCUGAUGCUUACUUCAGUAGUGAUGCCAGUGAUCAGGUUAUAGUACCGUGUGGAGCAAGCGAAAGCAUCAUCUGCGGGAAAGCUACUAAAUGGGAGACUAAUGGCACAGCCUUCUGCUAUGCAUUGGGUUUCACUGUUCAAUCAGCUGUUGAAGAGUCUUGUUACGGAAGCAAAUCAAGUCUGGAAGAACCACUCAUAAACACUGAGAGUUCUGCGUGGUUUCAACCUCUUCAGAUCUAUUGGCUAGUAAUAGUCAUUGUGCUACGAACAAUCUGUUGGCUAGAAAUCAGGGGGCGUUAUCAGCGGCAGAUGCGAGGUUUGAUUCAGAGAGAAAGAGUGGUGGCUUUAUCAGGAGCAGAUACGAGCUAUGAACCAGAGGAUGCGAGAAAAACGAUGAGGAACAUGAAUGAGAUUUGCCUAAAGAGAAGAGUUUUACUCUUUUUGAGUUCCUUAGCAUAG